CCCCCGCAGCGGCAGGAGGAAGUGUUUCGGAAGUGGACACUCGCGGCAGAGCAGGGAUCGAAGGAGAGGGCGGAGAAAGGGGAGCCACUGAGUGGGUUGUGAAAAUGACAGCGGCGUUUAUUUAGCAGCUAACAUUUAUUUGCUGAUUUUAGCUUUUCACGCCAUUACAGAGAACCAGAGUCCGCCCUGUUUACCAUGAGCCGCACAAAGAGGCCAUAAUAAGAAGGCGGCGCAGAGUUUGACCCCCAGGGGGAACAAAAGGCAGCGGACCUCGCGUCUCCGGAAAGAUUUGCUCCUCGGCGGCGGGCUCGGCAGGUCGGAGACGGUCGCUGGCGGGAGCCAUGCGCCAGCGGUGAGGGGGACCCGCUGCGCAGGGACACACACACAGCGUCGGGCGAGGCGGAGGUCGGGGGGGCCAGGUGGCGUGGAGAUGAAGCUCAAACAGCGCAUGGUGGUGCUGUGUGCCGUGCUCCUCCUGCUGGGCCUGGCCAAGAUCUUCCUGCUGGAUGGAGGCGAGGGCUCUGCGUCCAGUCGGCGGGACCUCCGGGCGUUUCGUAAGAUGGAGUCGGGUCUCUCUCUGCCUCGGGGGGCUCGCCUCACGCACACUCUCCAGUCUCCGUGGGAGAUAGCAAGUCAGUGGGUGGGCCCCAGAGAAGUGUACCCCGAGGAGACCCCUGAGCUGGCUGCGGUGCUCACCUCGCUGAGCACGGCCAGGAUAGAGCGCGCCGACGUGGGCUACAAGGGCACGCAGCUCAAAGCCUUGCUGGUGCUGGACGGAGCGCAGAAAGUGGUCUUUAAACCCAAGAGAUACAACCGAGACUACGUGGUCGAAGGCGAGCCGUAUGCAGGGUACGACAGACACAAUGCAGAGGUGGCUGCCUUUCACCUGGACAGGAUCCUCGGGUUCAGGAGGGCGCCUCUGGUGGUGGGCAGGUACGUCAACCUGCGAACAGAGAUCAAGCCCGUGGCCACUGAUCAGCUGCUGAGCACUUUCCUCAUGCAGGGUAAUAACACGUGCUUCUAUGGAAAGUGCUACUACUGCCGAGAGACGGAGCCGGCGUGUGCGGACGGUGAAAUCAUGGAGGGCUCGCUGACCCUCUGGCUGCCGGACGUGUGGCCCCUGCAGAAACACAGACACCCGUGGGGACGGACGUACAGAGAGGGGAAACUGGCCAGGUGGGAAUAUGAUGAAGGUUACUGUGAGGCGGUGAAGAAAAUGCCCCCGUACGAUGCGGGGCCGAGGCUGCUUGAUGUCAUUGACACUGCCGUCUUUGAUUACCUGAUCGGCAACGCCGACCGCCAUCACUACGAGAGUUUCCAAGAUGACGGAGGAGCCAGCAUGCUCAUCCUGCUCGACAAUGCAAAGAGCUUUGGCAACCCUGCUUUGGAUGAGCGAAGCAUCCUGGCACCGCUCUACCAGUGUUGCAUGAUUCGUGUUUCCACCUGGAACAGGCUGAACUUCCUGAAAGGCGGAGUGCUGAGUUCAGCCAUGCGACAAGCUCUUGCUUUUGAUCCGAUUCAGCCCGUCCUGGCUGAGCCUCACCUCGCAGCUCUAGACAGGCGUCUGACGGGAGUCAUAACAACUGUGAAGCAAUGCAUAGAAGCACAAGGUCCAGACAACACUCUGAUAGAGGAUCGGAUGAACCUCCCUCAUCCCUGAGAAAACAAAAAACAAGCCGAGAGACGUGUCUAAACAGCCAUCCAGUGGCUCUGCAGCUCCAGGGAACGAAAAGCAGCGCAAGUUUUUUUUUUAAACAGCACAGAGGACCAAAGACGGUGCGUUUCUUCUUCUGUGAUCCGUUCAGCAACACUCUGAGAAAUGUGAUUCUUAAUGGAGAACUGUAGCCAAGGAGUCACAUGAAUCGUCUCAGGACUAUCAUUAAAAGGACAGCGAGCAAACUACCGGCUUCAGCGCCACUCCCCCAUCAUCCCCCCACGUGUGUUCAUGUCUACUUCAUCAGCUGCAGACGAUGGACGGAGCUAAGCGGCUACGCUUGAAAUCAGCCUCCAACGUCUCUGUGGAAGCCCCACUUCAGACAGUCUGGAGCUUCUGGAGCCAAUAAACUGGAAAGUUGCUUUAAAUUAUAUAUUUAAAAAAACAACAACUCCAAUUUAUUAUGAAUUUUAAAUGGAACUGGUGAUCGGCUUAUCUUUGCCCAGCAGUGUACAUAUUUAAGUAGUGCUGUAGAAUACUGGUCUGAUAGAAUAUAAAUAUUUGGAUUAUAAUAUUAAAUAAACUUUCAAGUGUGUGUGUGUGUGGGUGGAUGGGUGUGUGUGUGUGUGUGUGUGUGUGAGACAGAGAGAGAGAAAAACGGAGAUGGGGUGAGUGCCAUAUCGUGCCAUAAAUCAAAGCUACUGACAUGAUAACUUGAAUCAUUGUGGAGUCAGAGGUUUUAAUGUGUUUGGGUUCAUUUUUGGCAUUAAACCAUGGUCUACAUAAUC